UUCCUAAUAUUUGUUGUCAGCGUCACCGCUGCCAUAAUUUUUAUUUAUUAAAAUGCCGAGUUUUCUAACAAACACAACUAACAUUAAAGGUUUUUAAAGGCACCAUGGCUUCCACCAGCCAGUCUACAAGUGUUUAUUACGAAGAUCCUCCUCCUGGUGCUCUUAAAGAAGAUGAGUUUUUCUGCACAGAGAGAAUUGUACCGCGCAAAAUCAAGCCUCAGAACUUAGUCAUACGCCUUAUGGACAGAGAAAUAUAUGGAUCACGAAAACCUGGCUCCCAUUUUCAUGUUGUUCGAGAGUUUUACCAAAAUGUGUUUCCUAACUUGACUAUUGUCAAUGUAGAAAAACCACCUUGUUUCUUGAGGAAAUUUAGUCCUGAUGGAAAACAUUUCAUCGCAUUUUCUGCUGAUCAAACCUCAUUAGAGAUCUAUGAGUACAGAGGCGCAGCAGCUGCCGGGGAUCUCGUAGCUGGAUAUCCUUCAGACUUGCUCAAUGCUGACGCUGAUGCUCAUCAUAGAAUAAGGACUCACAUAUUCUACAGGUUUUUUAAGCCUAAGUUCACUGUAAAUGUGUGUCAACAAAGAGAAGUGAUGAGAUCUGAACGGAACAAUGCUGGCCACAUGCCCUUUAUGGACCAGCAGCUGAACAGAGAGUGCAGUCUGUUCACCGAGGACGGAAGAUAUGUGAUAGUGGGAUCAGCAGCUCACAUUCCCGAUGACCUGAGACCACAUUUUUAUCAUAUUCAUAGCAAUAAUGAAGCUGUGACACCUACCAUCAGGUCAGCAUUAGAAGAUUAUUCACUGCAUCUAGUGGACUUGCAUCAGGGCAAGUUAUGUGAUACCAAACAUUUCAGAAUAGAUAAAAUUUAUUUAUCUCACAAUCAAGGCAUUUACUUGUAUAAGGAAGUUCUGGCUGUACUGUCAGUUCAGCAUCAAACAAUACAUUUGUUUCAAAUUGUGGAAGGAAUGUUAAUAGAAAUAAGAAAAAUUGGACGAUUCUGUUAUGAUGAUGAUCCAUUCAUAGUGAACUCGGUCUUUGUACCGUUAAUGAAUGAAAGGCCUUUUCAUGAAGAAACGAUAAAUAGCCUUAAGCAUAGAUUGUUGGUCUUUCUUUUUAAAAGAGCAAAAACAAUCAGUGAUGAAACAAGAGAUCCCCUUGAAUUGAGAAAGUUUUAUAAAUACUUUGAUAUGUUUAAAAGUUUGAGGAUGUGGAAGAUGCAGCUAUUAGAUGAGGAUCAUCUUUUUAUAAAGUAUGCAAGUGAAGAAGUUGUGACACUGCGAGUGGCGGAACCCAAUAGUCAAUCUUCAUUUUUCGUGAUAUACAACAUAAGUGAAAGCAAAAUACUAGAAGUAUAUGAGAACACUUCAGAAGGGCUACUGCAACUAUUUGAGAAUUAUUGUGACUGUUUUAGAAAUGCAAGAUUAUGUGCUGAUUCACAAUUCACUUGUUCACCAUCUAAUAAUUUGUAUGCCAGGCUUACUCAACAAAGAUUCAAGCAAACCAUUGUCAGAGCUAUUUAUGGAGGUCGGACAGAAGCCACCAAAAGAAUUCUAGCACAGUUACCUAUUAGUGCACAAUCAUACAGUGGCUCGCCAUACUUAGAUUUAGGAUUAUUUAGCUAUGAUGACAAAUGGGUUUCUGUUAUGGAGAGACCCAAAGCUUAUGGAGAAUAUCCUAUAAGAUUCUACGCACGUGACUCAGGUUUGCUAAAAUUUAAAAUUUACGCCGGUGUUUUAGGGCAAUCUGUACCAGCUAGCGCGCGGAGACUGGUCGCUUUUACCUUCCAUCCUACCGACCCCUUUGCGAUCAGUGUACAGAGAACUAACUCUGAAUACAUCGUGAAUUUUCAUAUAAGAAAUGCAGUAUUCAGUUGAUAACGUGCUUGUAAAUAAUCUUAAUUUUAAGUGCAGAUUUUUAUGGAAUUUAUUAAUGCUACUGUGUAGUAUGUAAUACUAAUGAGACAUGUUUAUUUUUCAUUUUUAUAUUAAAAUAUUAACUAAGCUUGUAAAGCAUAGCAUGUUACCUACUUUGCAACAAGGAAUUGCUAUUAAUUGUGAAAUAAAUGAUAAUAGUGAAUGACUGUAUAAA